AUGUCUUUUUCGAGUAACCACUGGCCCUUUGACGGCUCUUCUUUCAACUUCUCACCUUGGAAUCGCAACCAGGACUCAGACGACCAUUCUCAAUCUCACCAGCAACCCACGAAUCCACUCAAUCCAAGCUACCAAUACCCACCGCCACAACACUCUGCCUCGUCUUCAUCUUCAUAUCCUCAACUACCCUUGCCAAACUUCACCCAGUCGAGACAUCACUCGACGGCUGCUCAAUUGCGACCGCCGCAGCAGUCGACUCCGUCGGCUUCUUUGCAUGCCGCAUUGAGGGAAGGUGCCGACUUUCUACGACCUUCUGUUGUUCCACGAUUACCACAACUUUCACGUCCCAACUCUGCUUCUACUCAGCAGUCCAGCUUCGGCUACAUUCCAAACCACUUCUUCUACUCACCGCCUCAGUCGCCCCAAGAACCCGAUCCGCCACACCAUACUGCCAACGGAACUCUGGGAUACCAAUCUGCGACUACCUCAUCCGCCCAACCCUUUGCAGGUCCAUCAUUCACCAACCACGCCGUCGGCCCUUCCAUUAGCAACCCACUUUCACACCCGCAAUCUACCGGUCAUACUGCCCCGAUUGAGCCUACGACCAGUGCUUUCAGAAGUGGACAGUCACAAUCACAUUACCAAAACUCUGCUAUUCAACAGCACGUGAAAGAGGAAGACACUAUAGCAAUGCCUGCUCCAACAGCAUCGGCCACAAAUUCUCGCAAGCGCGCCCAUCCUUCUGACCCUGGGUCGCCGCCGUCUGCAACUAAGCGUCGUCUGAAUUCUGCAUCCGCCCUGAUAGAGAUUGAUGAUUCAGACGAAGACGAAAUUGAAGAGCUGGGUCCUGAUAACGACAUACUUUCCAAGGAACGUGAGGCGUUAGUGACCAAGCAACGCGAGGAGAGCAGCAAGGUCAGCAGGAUCGGCGAAUUGAACUGCAUGAUCUGUCUUGAACACUUCACCAACAUGACUGCUACGCAUUGUGGUAUGUUGAUACAGUAUCGAUAUACGAAAAGUACCAAAUUAACAAGUUUUUGA